AUGCUUCAACUAAAGUAUCCUUAUCCCUACCAAAAGUUCAUCAAUCAGCCACUCUCUUACACGAAGCGAAAUAACCUACUGAGCCGAGCCUACCAAUUGAGUUCAUGGAAUAAUAUUCCUGUAAAUGCAGACAUACCUUCUGUUGCCCCAGUUGCUAGGUUAUGGCAGAGCGUUAAAUCCCUAAUAACCCCACUACAACGUACAGCAACCUCUCGGAGCAACGUUGAUGAAGACCAGUCGGCUGUUGAGAGAAGAAUUCAGGAGUAUUAUGACCAAAGAUUGAACAAGAAGAGGAACAAAUGGAUGUUUAAACCCAUCAACGGCACAACUCCCCACUUAAAACAAAUAUUUAUUGGACGAUGUUGGGAUUUUGUUACAACUAAGAGAAAGAACCUUCAAGAUCCAGAUAAACUGGAUUGUCAAGAGAUGUGGAAAGUCUUUUCGAAAAGUUUCGCUUUUAAGGGCCCAUGUGAUGUGACAUACGAUGAUUACACUCCUUUCUUUAAUUUGUACAAGGAAAAGCCUCUUAAUAAUAGGGUUUGUGUUGUCUUGCUAUACAAUAGUACUUGGUUGUGCCACGCCUGUACCAGGCUCUCGGUCAGUGCAGACGAACGAAAAAAGCGGGCGAGCGGUAAAAACGAGUGAGCGAAAAACGGGCGGGACGAGAGAGAUGGGGGAAAUCCUGUAAGCAUCUCUACAAAUACCUCAGCCCGCCCACUGCUCCGCUCGGUUCCAGAAAAAUCGUUUCUCGAAUCGAAAUGACAAAUGCUAAAAUAUCAAAAUGUGCCUUGUAAAAGGCCAAGAUUUACGCGCUUGCUUUGUUUUUUUCUUUGUCCAACGACGUAACGGCAACGAGAACGUCGCUUAUAAUAAAAAGUAAAUUUUCGUUCUUUCAGUCUUUAUCGCGAUUAUUCCUUGAGUUGAAUUCCAAGGGACCAUAUCCAAGUCCAGAAACAUAAAGAAAAAACAUUUCGUUGUUGCUUCCUGACAUUCUCAUAAAACGCGAAAACGGCAAAGAAAUUCACAAAAAUGUGUGAUGCACGUGCAACGUUGUUGUUUGCUCAUUAAACCUAUUGCUUUUUUGGUUUUGUUUUUUUUUCUUUUACGCUCUCGUUGCUGUCGUUUCGUUGAAUCUUAAAAUCCCUAUUGACGUGGUUGACGUCAAGUGUCAAAAUUGACCAGUCAUAGGGUAUACCAGGAGUUGGUGUAAUGGAAUGAUGUAUUGAAAUGCAAUGCCUGGAACAGGCCUGGUUAUGUAAGAAUCGAACUUAGAAAUGGCAUUUUCAGUAAAGCAUGCCUAUUCUUUCGAAGACAAUGUACACUAUUUGUAACUCGCGAGGAAAAAACCGAUAUCAACUCUCAUUGUUUCAUUAGAAGCUGGUAGGAGUAAGACACGCUUUUUUCUGGUGUAUUUUCUAUUUAAAAGUGUACCUUUUCUCAGUUCAAUCUGCUGUUGUUUUUGUUCUUUUUGAUAUUUAAGGUAUUAUUCUGGUCUGGGACAAGAGAACUCACCCAUGCUUACUCCAGACUGUACGACAAAUUCACCACUUUGGAAGAUACAUUAGCAGGGUAAGAUUUAUCUGCUAUUUAUCUCAGUUUGUUAGUUUAAUGGUGGAAAUAGUCAUAAAUAUUCAGGCAUUUCUUCUUACAAUAUCACAUUUUUUGAACAGCCAAGAAAUGAGGUCAUAUCCUUCCUUCCUUUUUUCCUUCUUUUAUUUAUAUUCUUCCCUUUAUGUCGCUAACAUUUAAAAGAAAAAUAAAUCGUCAGCUAUUGUUGUUUGCUUAAGGGCGUUUUAGCCGAGUGGUUAGCACUGGCUUUGUUGAUGUGGACCCAAGUUUUGCCAUCGAUCUGCUUCUCUGGAGAAGAAACUGUGCUCCAGUAUGCCGUUUCUUUUCCGGACUAGUGGUAUACCAACGACAUACCGCCAUGGACAACCGGAUGAGGGAAUAUAAUCCAAUCCAGGAAGAGUAGUAAUACAGUCAAACCUGUAUAAAGCGGUCACCAUUGGGAGUGGCUUACUGACCGCUUAAUACCCGGUUGAUCGUUUAUACAGGUUUAAUUGAAUAACCUAAGGGUUAUUCAAGAAAAUAUAGAUGGUGAAAGAGCAACAGACAAUGUAUCUAUCCUACGACAAAACGACCUGAAAGUGCCUCUACCUCCUCUUUUCCCAAAAGAAAGGAGGUUAGAGACUAAUAAACACCAUACGCACUGUAUCUGUUACGCUAGUGUGCAAUUGUCAAAGUUAUCGUCUAAUAGAGGUGAAUACAAUGCAAAUUAACCCGUUGGGACGUGGGAAAAGGUGAUCGCGACCGUUUAAUGGAGGUAACCACUCAAUAGCGUCAGUUUUACAGUAAUUGAGGGAAAUGAUUUCCGGGCCUUUGGUUGGUGACCGCUUUAAAGCGGAGAGUGACCGCUAAAUUGAGGUUCGCUUACAGGUUUGACUGUACUCUUUGGUGUCCCAUGCAAUGAGAAACCUAGUUAAACUCCGCCAGUGUAGUCGUAAUGGCUCUUGGUCCCUCGUAAUACACAUUUAUCAUUUACAUGGGAUGGUUGGCCAGAAAGAGUUUAUCACAAUAUUAUAAUCCUACUUUGCGCCUACCUUUUGAGAAACAUUCUCCCCCUUGAUCGAUAUACCUCAACAUAUUCCAAGGUGAUUUAUUGAUAGAUUUUCCCAGGUUUCUGAUGAACGGCUUGACGUGGUGUGGCAAAAAAGAAGGAUCUGGUAUAGACUAUAAGUCUUGUCCCUACGAAUGCAGUAAACAGAAACCUUUUUGGGGUCAGGCGGCGGCUAAAGUAAGCGGUAAAACUAAGGAAAGAGUUCUAACGUUAAUACGUUUGGCACAAGAUCAAACGCGACAAUGAUUGUACCCUGAAAUGCAGGGCUGGAGAAAGAUGCUUGACGUUUUAGGCUUUAGGGCAAAAAAGGAGCGGGAAGGGGAGGGAAGGGCUGGAAAAAAUAUGAAACAGUCGCGCAACCGAAGGAAACUGCAAAGUAGGCUACAAUGAGAUUGUGAACUGGAAAAUUCUACGCUCAGUAUACUGAUUACAUGAAAGAAUUUUAUUUUAAAGAGAGUGACAAUCUGAACAUUUUGUAACGAAAUGUAUCUCUUCUUUUUGGACUAAUAAAACUUUGUGAAUUGCAACAAUCUAGGUUUCAGUUUCACGAAAAUUUGACCAAAAAACUCAAUGUGGUAUUGCGUUUUGCUAAGGUGAGAGCCGGAACAAGGGGCAUUUCUUCAGAAUUUAAAACUUGUCCGAUUUAGCUAGUAGCUCACUACAUCCAGGACUAUAAGGGAAGUUAAAUUUUCCAACCGUACUUUAUAAUUUAUUUGUUGACUUUUCACGGAUUUAGGUAUACACCAUACAAAACAUCCGGGAAGUUUCCGCAAACACUGUCGCAUCCCCAGCGCGUUACAACGAUGGAAGAGAAUUGCGGAGAGCUUAUAUUUCCAACAAAAAAAAACAUCAGCUUCACGGUCGUGUUAAACAAAUAGCGUGUAUUAAAUUAAUUAGAUAUUACUGGCGGAAAUAUAACGAUUUUUUUCCUAACUUAUCAGCUGGCAGAGAGGGCUAGAGGUGUGGUACACGUCAUGUUGAACGGCACAAGACAGCACUUUCUGGACAAGCAGAUUUUUCCCACUUUUAUGGAUGACAGGUUCGAGCUGUUAUUCGCAUUUAUUGACUAAGUGAUGUGUGCAAGGAGUUGUGAACUUACCAUAUCAAAGGGGAGGAUUCAUCGGUCCUAUUAACCCAAGAAACUUUCUGUUUACUUGUAAAGAGGACACGUACAGUGGUCUUCUCACCCGCAACAUGGCCAUUAACAUCACCAUUAUUCUGAUUUUCUGGAUUUAUUUGCCUUAAUGAGUGAAAACCAAAACGUAUCUCUUAAGCACUAUCACCUAGCCAUUUAUUCAUUCUAUUUGUUAUUAAUGUAUUAUAGCUAUCUGGCGGAGCAGCAAUUACCGAGUCUUCCUAUACCAGGUGUCACAGAGUUUAGGAUUCUCGUGGGUCAUUCUCUUCAUCACAAAUCUCUGUAAGCAUUAUUUUGAUAUGCAACUUAAAAGGCAGUUUGAUUAGAAGAGACCUUCAUUUCAAAUUAUUAAUUGUAAGUGCACGCAGAACAAAGCAAGAAGUGCCAGAAAGAAGUUUGAAAGGAGUUGAUUCCAGAUCAUGGUCCAGUGAAGCCUCCUGUUUUGUUUAUUUUGGAUUAACGGCUUGUUAGAAGUAGUUUGUACCAAAAUGUAGUGGAAAGUAGCUCAGUAAUCGUUAUAAUCAUUCAUUUCAAAACGUUUUAUUUAUCGAUUUUAUAGAGAAAGAUGCGACAGCCUGACUGUUCUUGAGUUAGAAAAUCGAGCCAAGGCAAGAGGAUUAAAGACCACAUGCUUCGAUAACCCCUAGUAAGUAUGCUUUUAUGAGUACUCUCUUUGAGAACUAGUUUUACAGUUUGCAUUUAGGGACUCUCGAUAAUGAAACCUCGCUGAGAAAUUAGAGAUUUUAGCCACUCAGACGUCUUUUUUUGUUUUUGCCUACAGCUUUAUCCGACAUCUCCUGUGCUUGGACAAUCCAGCAGAUCCGUUGUGCCUCUUCAAGAUACCUGAUCAAAAUACCCUCAUAUAAAAUCAUGAAAUUCACCGGAGUAGUUAUCCCAGGGGCGGAUCCAGGGUUUUUUUAGGAUGGGGUGCACUCGUCUCUUGCUCUAGUUCAACACCAAUAAACCACAUAGUUUUUUUCUUUUUGCAGAAUACCAGUUGUAUUAGAAAACCGCAGGUCAUCUCAAGGGGGGGGUGCGCACCCCCUUCACCCUCCCCCUAGAUUCGCCCCUGUAUCCGUAUGAGCCACAUGGCUUCACCACAACCGAUGGAUAACAAGACAUUUUGUCAAUAAUCAUCAAAACAGGACUGAUAGCCAUAGAGAGAACUAUCAACCUACUAGGGCGAAAAGAAAUACGUGGUAUUAUUACAGUGACUUACUGUUAUGUCAUACCUAGAACAUUUCUGUUCACAUAGGCAUAACUACUCAAAUCAAAAUGCAACGUCAAAAGUAGGGGGCGUUGGUUUUAGAUGUAGCCAAUCACAGAGCCGUUUUCCUUACUUCAUUUAGAUAGUUACGGUACAGUACUCUCUUAGAAAUCU